CAUAGCCGGCACACUCACUCACCAGACGAACUCACAGCAACACAUACAUUCACCUCCUCCUCAUAUAAAAUCAUCUCGCUUAUCUCCCUCAUUCCUCCUUUCGAUUAAGUCUCUAUUCCUUCCUUAAAUCCUAAACUACCCCCUACCCCCCUUCAUCCUACCCAUUAAUGCCCGCCUUCAGCGCUUCGGUGUCGUCCCAAGACAAGCGGGAAUCCAAGAACAAAAUACGAGAGGUUCAUCAUUCCUCGCGGCGUCGGAAGUCUUCGUCGAAGUACGAGACCCCCUGUAGCGAGCUCUUCCGUUUUUGCUGAAUCACGCACGUAUCCUGUUGGGGCAGGCUGUACAGGCACAGACAAACAGACAGGCAGAGAGACAGGCUGUUGGCUGCACGCAGGCAGGAUCAUCGACGUCCCUGACUGGUGGCAUCCUAUCGUUCUGAAAAGGUCCUCCCUCCCCUCUGGUGAAAGUGAUUCUCACUCGACGAGGCCAUGAUUGGCGCCAGUAGGCAGCAGUUGCUAAGAAGAGCUGUUCGCGUUCAGCAGUACGUGUGCAGACUGUUAUUUGGAGACAUGCUCGCUCAAGUUUCUCGAUAUCCACUAAGAGUACCCAUGCGUAUUGCAACGGGUGGAAAUGGUCCAGUUCAGGGUGACCGGGUCAUUCAGCAGGGUGCUGCACUCCUUGUAGGUCUGGGCCUGUGCAUCUCUUCCUUUUCCCUCAAGAAACUAUCAGCCAUGCCUGAGAAACCAAGACGCCUUCUCUAAUAAGAGUCUCACACCUUCCUUUUAUUUCCCAACAGCAUAAUUUCGUGGCACAUAAUGAAGUUAAAUCAUUUUCCAGUACAUGUAUUGGUGCAUCGUAGGACAUUCAUAACUCGUCUUAAGGUGCAAUGAAGUAAUGUAAGAUGAUUUAUGAAUUUGUUUUUAUUUCAUUAGGUAGUUUAUUUAUUAUACACGAUUCUACUGAAGGCUGAGAUAACUAAAUUGAAUUUUGAAGUAAAAUAUUUAGUCAUUUGUGUUUUAAAUCAAAAGAUUAGUUGUGAAAUUCAUGUUAAGAGGUAAUAAGAAUUUUAUAUUGUGUUAAAAUAUUUCAGUUUGUCAAGUGGUGGUUCUAUCCUGGUUUUAAUUUUCAAAAUUAUCUCAACCAAAAGGUAAAUUCAUUCAUUCAUUUAAUAUUUCAGUAAAUGCCAUGAAAUUUCUUACCUGUUUUCAACAAAUUGUGGAUGACCUUGGGAAAAUGCAAGCAUUUAUUACUGACGUUUGAUUGUGAUUAAUGGAUUACAUUGUACAUAUUGUCACAUACAGGAAGACACACUUUCCAGGUUGUUGACAUUUACCUUUAGAACACAUCACAUUCUUCUAAUAACACGUGCAUUAUUUUGCUCUUCAGUGUUGUAGGUUAAAGCCUACCACCGCUGGAUAUGCUGUAGUCCGUUUAUUACUGUUCUUUUAUUUACCAGGUUACAAGGCAUCUUAUUCACAUGUAUAUCUUCUUUUUAACAACCUGAGGAUACUGAAAUGUGUAGACAGUUCAGCCUUUUGAAAUGUGUUGACAGUUCAGCCUUUUAUUGUCACCCUUCUAUGGCUUCAUAUGCGGUGCAUUUACCCUCUUAAUGCGUUUGUUUUUGCAAGGUCAUCAUGGCAGUGAAUUCUCUAUGCCUGUUGGUGUUGUCCAGUUCAAGCAGGUAUUUAUAUCACCAGUCCAGCAGUCCAGUUGGUUCGUUAUGAGCUUUAAUUCGUGCUCUUAGUUGAAAAAUUUUUUCGUUUAGAUAGGUAGAUGCUUAUGUAGUGUAGGGUAUAGUGAGAAUGCAAGUGUUAAAACGGCGUAAUCAUAUGGCUGUCAUGCUUUUUCUCACGGUACCUUACACGUCUGUCCUAAGAUCUGUACAUUGGUUUACACAGAUACUUAGAGCUUGGUAGGGUUCUUGAAUAUAUCUUGUAUUAUUAAAGUAGGCUUCUCUCUGUUAGAUAUGCAUUAUUUUUAUGAUUAUGUUCAUCUUGUGAUAUGGUUAUGUGAUGUCAUACACUGUAUGUUAUUUCAGUGAACUAGAUGGCUCUGUUAGGUAUCGUGCAAUAGGGAAUGAACUUCUAUUGGAAAAUCUGUAAUAUAUUGUACAGGUAUUUUGAUACUCUGCAUUUGAAUAUUUAUUGGUCACCAUUGGAGUACAUUAUUAGACAUGCUAUUUAAUUUAAGAAUUAUAGUCAUCCUUGUCAUAUACAUUUGAUCACCUCUGUCAGAAUUUCAGUCCAGGAACCAACAGAUAAUCAGUGUAUAGCAAUUUCCUGUUUUGUUUUGCCUCUGAUUGCAGCUUUUUGGGUCAAAAAGUAUCAGUAGAGGCAGAUUAUCGAAACUAGACACACAAAUUAGUUCCCUAUUCCAAGCACAUUUUCAUCCAUUCAAGUGUCGACUCACACAUUCAUGGUUCCAAAUUGCACGAAGUUGUGCUGUAUUUCUUUGUCUCACUGUUUCUCGGUUUACAUUGUCACUGUUUAGCAUUUGUCAGUAGGACCAAUAGAUUGUCAUGUAUCAUUUUAAUUUUCUUUUAAUUCAUCACUGCUUACAAUAAAAAUCAUUAUCAAAAA